AACAUCUCCGACUCUGCGAUAGAAUGCGGAGUCCCCAAAAUGCGGGGUGUGACAUCAACAGAAUCUCGGGCCGGUGAUGGGAAAGACAAUUCAGUGGCUAAAUUUAAGAUGACGCUCCAAUCUCAUGGCGGAGCUUGUUUCAAUUAUCUUUUGCUAUUCAUCUCCUAGCUUCGGUUGUUGGCGAGUGUGAGUUCCAGACGUCAUUAUAUUGAACCUUCAUUACCACAGUCUACCAUGGCAGAUCACAAGAGGACCACCAGUCAACGAUUGACUCAGAUCAAGGACUUUCUCACAAUGAAUAAAACGGCGUCGACGAUCCCUUGGGAUCCCGAGUCCACCAAAUUCCCCACCCGGAAGGAACUCCCACCCAUCGCUGGGGCUCCUCCAGAGGCCGCAUGGGUUUGGGGCGAAGAUGACUUUUGUGGACGACUGAAUCUACUGACGCCCAGCCGUGUCGCUGCUGCGUCCAAGGAGAUCCGGACGGGCGAGAUUGUCCCCGUUAAUCUUCCGUUGACCACCCCAGAGCAGCCCGCAUUCGGUCGCGAGAAGUUCGAGCAUCAAAUCAAAGUCCUGGCGCCCGGUGUUGCGUACGACGACAUCUACCAUAUGAACACUCAGAGCGGAACCCAAUGGGACGGCUUCCGGCAUUUCGCCCACAUCCCAACCGCCACCUUUUAUAACAACACCAAAGAUGAGGAUAUUCUUGGCCCCAAGGCAAACCACAAGUGCUCAAUUCAUCAUUGGGCGGAGCAUGGCAUCGCCGGCCGUGGUGUCCUCAUCGAUUACCGGGGCUAUGCCCACAAGAUGGGAAUCAAGUAUGACCCGUUCGAUUACUAUUCGAUCUCCUGGGACGAGCUGUACAAGUGUGGCCAAGACCAAGGCAUCGACAUUCGACCGAUCGCCCAAGGCGGUGACAUAAGACCCGGGGACAUGCUGUUUGUCCGGAGCGGAUGGGUCGAAGAAUACCACCAAAAGCCGCGCGAUGAGCGGGCAGCUGCAGCGCUGAGAGGCCAUGAUGGGCACCCCGGGGAGCAAAGCUAUGUGGGUCUAGCGCAAGAGGAGAAGAUGCUGGACUGGCUGCAUGACUGCUACUUCGCGACCGUGGGAGGAGAUGCGCCGGCAUUCGAGGCCUGGCCCACGCGUGCAGACUAUCACCUCCACCAGUAUAUCCUCGCCUUGUGGGGGAUGCCGCUGGGCGAAAUGUUGGAUCUCGAGAACCUAGCGAAGAAGUGCCAUGAGCGGAAUCGAUGGUUCUUCUUCUUUAGCUCUACUCCUGCCAAUAUGCCCGGCGGAGUCAGCAGCCACGUCAAUGGACAAGCUAUCUUUUAAUCGAGUACCACUCUUCCGGUCCAAUGAGUCAAUACUUCUCUGGUUAUAUACUUGCGAGGCAGACGUGAAGUAGCAACGUGGCAUAGUUCGUUUUGUAAAUAUGAAGAAAGUCAAUCAAUAUUGUUAGCACCUAUUGGUUCGAUAUAUACUUGCUAGGGCUCCUGUAUCGUUGUACGUAUGUGGUCUGGCGUGCCUGGAGCUUACUUAAAGGCUGUAAAGUUCAGCAGAUCCACUUCCCCGUCUGUAACUCUCCUGAUGCGCCUAUGAUCGAUCGUUCGCGUCAAACUUCGUCGGCCAAAACGCUCGGAAGUGCUUUUUGUCGCCUAGACUCUUGAUUUCCUGCACUUCUGCAGGAGUCAACUUGAAAGUCAUAGCUCUAAGGUAAUUGCUUAAGCGUUGUUCCU